GCAAUUCGGAAACAUAAGUUUGUUGACAUUCUAGACGAUCCAGGAUCAGCUGAUCUCAGUGCCUACGUUGAUUUUGCUUCCAUCAGGCAUUCUGCUGAGGAAGCUUCAGGAGAUGUGUCUGUUCAUGGCCCUAUUACUCGGUCUCAAUUCCUUGGCUCUCUUGGGAUAAAUUUCCGAGUGGAAGCAUUAUUACAUAACUGCACAGAGGAACAAUUUGAAUCUCUCAGGUCAGGGUAUUGGCAACCGGUUGGAGAAGGUGAGGCUCCCUUCUGGGAGGGUCCUGACGUAAAAGUUCCCAUUGGAAUGGGUACCCGUUAUUUGGUAAUGGCUAUUGUGAACAAGAAGCAAGGUGUUCCAGUCCCAUUUUAGUGACCUGGAGAAAUGUAGCAUUUAGGUGAGAUUUGUUGCUUGUACAUUAGCAAUG